GAACAAACAACAGGGUUGCAGUCAUCAAAAGCUGCGGGAGAACUAUGCCCAAGAGGUCAAGGUAUACUCGCGUGGAUACGUUGACAGAUGAAGAUCUUGAUUUUCGGGAGAGAGAGCUGGAGAUGGCCUUACGCCAAAGAAAUGAAGCACUGAAUUCGAAGAGGAAUUCUUUGGGAGAGAAGUUCACACCACUGGGCGACCAUCAGAAAUUCAAGGAGAUGCAAAGCUUCAAACAGCUCCGAGAUAGGGAGAGGUAUUUGCUGCACGAAGUCCAGGAAGAAAAGCGCCGGCGCCAGGACAAGGCCGCAGCGGAGGCGGCGGCCGCGGCGGCACAACAAGCACCGAACGCAGCAAUGUCUGCAGCAAUCGCAGAGUACUUUGCACAGCAGAAGCAGACCAAUGCUGCAGCUGAGAAAGCCGCACGCAAGAUGUCUGCGAGCAUCGCCAAGACAGCGCAGAUUCAUCCGUCCCUGGCAAGUGUCUAUGCCAACGCUGCUCCAGUGGAGCAGGUGCAUCUGGCAUCUGCAUCUGCAUCUGCAUCUGCAUCAGCGGCAGCCGCAUCACAACCUUCAAAUGCUGGAGAGGAGAGUGCUGGCACGACUCAGGAGUCAUGGCAAGCUGCGGCCCAGGCGGCCCAGGCGUCCCAGGCGUCCCAGGCGGCCUCCAGUGCCUCCAGUUUCACCCGGGCGCCGCUGUGGCCGGAUCCUGCGGCGAUUGCAGCACUGCCGGCCGCCUUCCGGGCCCGGGCGCUGGCGAGCAUGGCGGCCUCGCGAUCAUGAGCAAAA